GGGAUGAGAUGGCAUCCAGGGAAGGUUGCAGCAGCAGACCCUGAUGGAAGAGCAGCCUGGGCACCGCUGCCUUAGCUGAUGCUCACCCAAAUUAGCAGAUGGCUGUGCAGAAUGCACGCCAAGAAUGGUGCGCAUGAGCAGAGAGCGGCUCUGGAAAAUGAGAGCCAGCAGUGCUCUGAGUUCACUGUCCAGUGGGACGCAUCAAUGAAAGAGUUCCUAGCCAAAGCCAAAGAAGACUUUUUAAGAAAAUGGGAAAGCCCCCCUCAGAAUACUGCUGGCCUAGAUGAUUUUGAGCGGCAAAAAACCCUUGGAACAGGAUCAUUUGGGAGAGUAAUGAUGGUGAAACAUAAAUCCACAGAACAGUAUUAUGCUAUGAAGAUACUGGACAAACAGAAGGUCGUCAAACUGAAGCAGAUAGAACACACACUGAAUGAGAAGAGGAUAUUACAAGCAGUGAACUUUCCUUUCCUUGUUAAACUGGAGUAUUCUUUUAAGGACAAUUCUAAUUUAUACAUGGUAAUGGAGUAUGUUCCUGGUGGAGAAAUGUUUUCACAUCUAAGAAGAAUCGGAAGGUUCAGUGAACCACAUGCACGGUUUUAUGCAGCUCAGAUAGUGCUAACAUUUGAGUACCUCCAUUCAUUAGACCUCAUCUACAGAGAUCUAAAGCCUGAAAAUCUUUUAAUUGAUCAGCAAGGAUACAUCCAGGUCACGGACUUUGGCUUUGCAAAAAGAGUAAAAGGCAGAACUUGGACGUUAUGUGGGACUCCAGAAUACCUGGCACCUGAAAUAAUUCUCAGCAAGGGUUACAACAAGGCAGUGGAUUGGUGGGCACUAGGAGUGUUAAUCUAUGAAAUGGCAGCUGGAUAUCCCCCAUUCUUUGCAGAUCAGCCCAUUCAAAUUUACGAGAAGAUUGUGUCUGGCAAGGUGAGGUUCCCAUCACACUUCAGUUCAGACCUAAAGGAUCUUCUAAGAAAUUUACUGCAGGUAGAUUUGACCAAACGAUAUGGAAAUCUCAAGAAUGGUGUAAAUGACAUAAAGAAUCACAAGUGGUUUGCAACUACAGAUUGGAUUGCCAUUUAUCAGAGAAAGGUAGAAGCUCCAUUCAUACCAAAGUGCAGAGGUCCUGGAGAUACCAGCAACUUUGAUGACUAUGAAGAAGAAGAUAUUCGUGCUUCUCUAACAGAAAAAUGUGCAAAAGAAUUUGCUGAUUUUUAGUAGGAGUAAGAGGACAAGAUGACAUCAGGGCUCACAUUGGGAUCUUUGCACUCUGUUAACAGAUGAGGUGGAGCUGAGACCAUCAUAUGUCAAAACAGUUACCUAGUUACUUCAUUCCACAAAGCUGACUGAGGUCUUUAUUGCCAUCUUCCAUGUGUGCAGUUUGCACCAACCCUUCUAACUAGGCACAAUUAAGCAAGCACUGUUUGUGCAGUAACACAGAAUAAUAGACCACUUUCCUACUUAACUUUGGUUUCUGUCGUUCUUUGUUUCUGUGUAUUGUUCAUUUUCCCCCUUUGAAAUGAAGUAGUUUUUUACCCAAGAAUGCUCCAUUUUAUUUUGAAUAAUGUAUUAUUUGUGUGAGUGAAAUGGAAGGUGUUGCGGCUAGUGUGAUUUAGACUGAAGUGAAAGAUAAAUGUUGCUUCUAGUCUGUGCCAGCCAAUAAUUCAUGUCUGUCUUGUGUCUGAUGCUACAAUUUAUAAUAAUUUUUUAGUAGCUCAGACUAAACCUAGCCAACAUUUUUAGCAUUUUUGAAGGUAGUAUUUAUCGCCAUAUAAAUGUCUGCUAAAUUAACUUAAAAACAUUUCUUCCUGGGGGCUGACCAAAAUUCAGUAGAAUCAAUUGGAUGGCUUAAGUAGGGGACAGUAGCUAGACCCCGUGCCUUGGUUUUCUACAUCCCUGCAGUUUUCAUCACUGCCUCCUUCCUUUCUGUUUCCCACCUAGGCAGUAGGCAAGUUGCCAUAAGCAGACUGUACCAUGGAGAGCUUACAGUCUCAUGAGAGGGAGUAAUUCCAUCUGGUCUGGACUUUGGACCAUGUUAAACCAAGUCAACUUACCAGCAUUUCAGUUGGCAGGUGUGAAAUUGCUUGUUUAAGAUCAAGAACCCUAAACUCUUAAAGGAAGUUUUGGUCAGUACUGUAGAGAAUUCAUUUUGAUUCACUUUUUCUUCUUCAUUUUUUUUCUUAUUUUUUUUAAGUAGCCAAUGUUUUGGCUCCAAAAGUAUUCCUUGCUUCAAGCCUUUUUUGAUUACAAAAGGCAUCCAUUAGAAUAAAAACCAUCAUGCCACAGAAAGCAAAAUGCGCUCUGCCAUUAGCUAUGAAAAACAAAUGGUUUAGCAACUGCAAAAUAAUGUUCUAAAUGCAUCGCUGGAUGAACACGGUUAUUUUUUGUUAGCUGUUAAGAAUAAGAGGUUAUUGCCAAGUUUUUAUUCUGGUAUACUAUAUUAGUAAACUGAGGAUGGAGUACUGCUACAAUCGUUUUCUUUUUAAUUACAGCACUUCAUUCAUGAAGAAAAGAGAUCAAGUUUAAAAACUGCAACAGCUGAGUUUAUUUUAGUUGCAUUGUGUCUUCAUUUCUAACCUACUUUCUUUCAAUCAAUCAGAAUGUAUGGUCACACAGAUACAAGUAUUUGGGUUUAAUUAUGUUUUGUAUACUCUCACCAACUGACUUAAAAGGUAUUGCUACCAUGUGCUAGCUUUGGGCACUUUUACACAUUUAUUUCAAUGUUAAUAAUCAGUGGCUCAGCACUUUUUUCAGGGUUGCUUUUAAACUUAUUCAUAGUAGUUUUAUUUGAACACUUGGUUCUGGCUGUCUCAGUGACCUGUCUUAAAACAGCACAUCUAAAAGUUUAAACUAGACUCAUGUUUUAUGAUAAAAUUACAUGCAUACAAGGAUGAAUUGUUUUUUUAAAAAAUGAGCUAUAUUGAUACAUAGCCAUUGGAUUUGUUUGAAUGCCAGUGCAAAUAAACAGCUGGCGUUCCUUCCUUUUAAUCUGUACGACGCUCCUAAAAGAAAGGCCUUUGUAGACAUUUUACAAAAGAGUAUGAAACAUACCACCCAAUGUUCUGUCUCUUUAGGUUGUUGAGCAUUUUUGCACAACGUCAUUAGGAGGCUGACACCGAAUGCAGUCUUUGUCCACCCAUAUUUACAUACAUGCAAGAAAAGUAUAAGAUACUUUGCUGUAGCAAAUUUUAUGUAACAAAGAUAUAUCGUCACAUUAAUAAAUUUAAAGAAAUCCUUUGUAUGAAAAUGUUAAAAUCUUUUGUAUUUCAUUUAGACCAAGGACAUGCUGCUGUAUGCUAGCUGUAUGCGAUAAAUUCUACAGUAACUUUGUUGUCGUUUAUGAACUUUAAAAGAUUUUAAUAAAUGUUGAAGAUCACAAUUUGA